GAUGAGCUGAAGCGAAAGCGGGUGUGUAAACAUAACUCUAGGAAACAUGAAACGAUCGGGUGGCAGUGAGAGCGAGAAGAGAAGAAAGAGGCGCAGGCUGCUGCAGGAGCUAGGAGACCAGCGUAUCCCCUACCUCGGGCCCUCAGACCAUGGCUUCCAACAGCUGUGGGAGACUAGCUACUCUGGCCUGGCUCUGCGGCGGUCCUGCUCCCUGCCUGAGGAGCUCCAUGGUCGGGUGGAGGCUGCUCUGCUCACCCUGCGGCGGAGGGGCUGUUUCCUGAGGGACCUGGUGAAGGUGAGGGACCGAGACGUCUUCACCGCCGUGUCCCGGGUGCUGCUGGGUCAGCCAGGAACCACCUACCGCUACCUGGACACGCGGCUCUUCACCAUCCCCUGGCACACAGACGAGCAGAGAGGGUCCUGCUGCGACCCAGACCUCAGCGCCGCCUGCAAAGCACUCUGGGAGCUCAACUGCUUCUUCUGCUCUGAUGUCGGAGACAGGAAGGAGGGGGAUGUUUUCAAGCAGUGCAGGAAAGAGUUGGUUGGUGCUAUAGAGUCUAAACCCAGUGUAGAAGGAGACACGGAGUCUAAAGAUAGCGAGGAGUCCAAACCCAGUGACGAUGGAGGAGACUCGGAGUCCAAGCAGAGUGAGGAGGGAGAGACUGAGUCAAAGCACAGCGACGAUUGGGACAUAGAGUCAAAACACAGUGAAGAGGAAGGCCCAUCGUCCAAACAGGAUGCAGCGUGGGAGUCAAGACACAGCGACGAGAUGGGAGACAUGAAGACUAAACAAACUGAACUGGGGAGUCCAACGGGGUCAAAACAACACAGUGAGGGAAAACAUACAGGCUGGAAGCACAGGCCAGCUGGCAGCACAGAGACAGAGACCACAGGCCUAGGUCCUCAGGAGCAGCCUGUGGCUGAGCUAAAACACAGUCUCUCUGGGUACCACAUUGAAGAUGAGGAGGAUGAAGACCAGCAGAGUGGCCAGGGAUGCUCUAACCUCAACCCUGCUAAGACAUCCUGUCCUGGCCCGACCCAGUUCAACGUCACCCUGCUCAACUACAUGGACCCAGCAGCUAUGAGCCAGCUGAAAGAAGAGCCGUAUUAUGGGAUGGGUAAGAUGGCUGUGGGCUGGCACCAUGAUGAGAACCUGGUCAGCCUAUCACCUGUGGCCGUCUACAGCUACAGCUGUCAUGACGACGACAAAGCAGGUGUGAGCUCGGAGGAGGGUCCUGCAGAGAAGGGCUGCUGGAGGAUUGGUCUAAAGGUGGCCUGGGACAUCCACACCCCUGGAUUGACCCUCCCACUGCAGUCCGGAGACUCCUACUACCUGAGAGAUGAUCUGAACAGGACCCAUCAGCACUGUGUUCUGGCUGGAGACUCGGCCCGCUUCAGCUCUACACACAGAGUGGCGGAGUGUUCCACCGGGACCCUGGACUACAUCCAGUCUCGCUGCCGGGAGGCCCUGUCUAACCUGAGCACAGACCCAGAAACAGGGACCCACAGCCUUCUCUCCCUGCUGCCAGCUACCCUGCAAGGCUACGAGGAGAUACACAACGAGGUGGAGUUUGAGUGGCUGAGGCAGUACUGGUUCCAGGGCCAGCGCUACACCCGGUUCUGCAGCUGGUGGGCCAGACCCAUGGGGCAGCUGGAGAAUGACUGGAGAGAGAUGGAGCUCAUGACACAACUCUUACUGGCAGCGGUGGAGGAAGAGGGACAACCGGAGGAGGGCAGGAGAGAGAUGGCGGAGACCCUGCUAACUGCCCUGACAGACAGACAGCAGCACAGGCAGACCUGGAGAGACAGGUGCCAUUCCAGCCUGGCCCAGACCCUGCCCCCAGAAGAGGCCCCCGUGGACCGGCCGUUUUGGGCUGACGACGACCCCAGCAUGCCUCUGCCCUUUGACCUAGCUGACAUAAUCAACAGGGUGGAGUCACUCCUCUGGAGGAUGUGACAGAUGGGACACAAAGAGAAGGAGAAAGAGAGAGAGAGUCACCCCGUCAUCUGAACAGCCUCUAUCAUGAGGACAGACGACAGAGAAGGAGAACAGGACCUACCAACUCCUGAUGGUGUCAACGUCCUCCAAUGGGUGUACACUUCCCCACCACAGCCCACUCUGAACCCCACCCAACCCUGUACCUCGCCCCACCCCAGCCCACCCUGAACCCCACCCAACCCUGUACCUCGCCCCACCCCAGCCCACCCUGAACCCCACCCAACCCCGUACCUCGCCCCCACCCUGAACCCCACCCAACCAUGUACCUCGCCCCACCCCGCCCAAACCAGUCUCAUCUAGCUUUGCUUGGAUGGAGCCAACAUGGCUGCAACAUGAGGAUGAACCCUGAGUAGUGCUUUGCUAACAUGCUAUAGCUGAUAUUGGAACUAGUCUCACAAUGGUAAUGUGGACAACCUGCAGAAUUUAAACUGAAUGUGUAGGAAUGUAUUAUUUCAAUGAAUGUUCUGUUUCUUUUCUACAUUUAACCAGCUUUGUGAAUGGAUAUGACAAAUAGUCAUACAGAUGUAGGAUCUUAAUUUGACCAGUUUCUCACAGCAGGAAAAUUAUCCUGCUGCAACAGGAAAUGUGAAUUAUUGGGUGGAUUAUAAUUAAUGGACAUUUUUGUAGGGGUUGAUACAUUUUUACUUAGGGCAAAUCAAGUCUGACAUUUUCAAGUGGAAAUGACAAACUUCAGAAAUCCUUUUAAAUCUUGAAUACACUACAAGUUUGCAUUUCCUGCAACAACAGGGUGAUCAAAUUAAAAUCCUAUAUCUGUAGUACAUUUAUACUUUCUAUUUCUAAUUCAGUGUUGUUCUAAUUAUACUGUUGUAUCCUAAUGUCCAUUCACUUCCUGUAUUUCACAGCUUUCUUGUUCAGAAUCUCACAGGGCAUGACUUUGUGUUGGUAAGGUGUGUGUGUGUGUGUGUGUGUGUGUGUGUGUGUGUGUGUGUGUGUGUGUGUGUGUGUGUGUGUGUGUGUGUGUGUGUGUGUGUGUGUGUGUGUGUGUGUGUGGUUGAGUGUGUGUCACUGCAGUAUUUACAGUAUGUGAUAUUGUAUAUGUGUGAAGCAGUAUGAUAGGGAUAGGGCCUGUAGCAGGGCUGGGAGAUGUCUGUGCUAGAGAGGAAAGGACAUGAGUCUAGUAGGCCUCUAUGUUCUAGUAGGCAGGCCUCUGUCUGCAGGUCUGCCUUUAGUCUGCUCUGUAGUGCUGAAAGGCAGCCCAGGCAGACAGCUACUGUAGGGCUGAAAGGCAGCCCAGGCAGACAGCUACUGUAGGACUGAAAGGCAGCCCAGGCAGACAGCUACUGUAGGACUGAAAGGCAGCCCAGCCAGACAGCUACUGUAGGGCUGAAAGGCAGCCCAGGCAGACAGCUACUGUAGGGCUGAAAGGCAGCCCAGGCAGACAGCUACUGUAGGGCUGAAAGGCAGCCCAGUCAGACAGCUACUGUAGGACUGAAAGGCAGCCCAGGCAGACAGCUACUGUAGGGCUGAAAGGCAGCCCAGGCAGACAGCUACUGUAGGGCUGAUAAGCAGCCCAGGCAGACAGCUACUGUAGGACUGAAAGGCAGCCCAGGCAGACAGCUACUGUAGGACUGAAAGGCAGCCCAGGCAGACAGCUACUGUAGGGCUGAAAGGCAGCUCAGGCAGACAGCUACUGUAGGGCUGAAAGGCAGCCCAGGCAGACAGCUACUGUAGGGCUGAAAGGCAGCCCAGUCAGACAGCUACUGUAGGACUGAAAGGCAGCCCAGGCAGACAGCUACUGUAGGGCUGAAAGGCAGCCCAGGCAGACAGCUACUGUAGGGCUGAUAAGCAGCCCAGGCAGACAGCUACUGUAGGACUGAAAGGCAGCCCAGGCAGACAGCUACUGUAGGACUGAAAGGCAGCCCAGGCAGACAGCUACUGUAGGGCUGAUAAGCAGCCCAGGCAGACAGCUACUGUAGGGCUGAAAGGCAGCCCAGGCAGACAGCUACUGUAGGGCUGAAAGGCAGCCCAGGCAGACAGCUACUGUAGGGCUGAAAGGCAGCCCAGGCAGACAGCUACUGUAGGGCUGAAAGGCAGCCCAGUCAGACAGCUACUGUAGGACUGAAAGGCAGCCCGGGCAGACAGCUACUGUAGGGCUGAAAGGCAGCCCAGGCAGACAGCUACUGUAGGGCUGAUAAGCAGCCCAGGCAGACAGCUACUGUAGGACUGAAAGGCAGCCCAGGCAGACAGCUACUGUAGGACUGAAAGGCAGCCCAGGCAGACAGCUACUGUAGGGCUGAUAAGCAGCCCAGGCAGACAGCUACUGUAGGGCUGAAAGGCAGCCCAGGCAGACAGCUACUGUAGGGCUGAAAGGCAGCCCAGGCAGACAGUUUAUGUAGGGCUGAUAAGCAGCCCAGGCAGACAGCUACUGUAGGGCUGAUAAGCAGCCCAGGCAGACAGCUACUGUAGGGCUGAUAAGCAGCCCAGGCAGACAGCUACUGUAGGGCUGAAAGGCAGCCCAGGCAGACAGUUUAUAUAGGGCUGAAAGGCAGCCCAGGCAGACAGCUACUGUAGGGCUGAAAGGCAGCCCAGGCAGACAGUUUAUAUAGGGCUGAAAGGCAGCCCAGGCAGACAGCUACUAUAAUGUGUGGCUGAUAGAAGGAUCCCCAUCCCAACUGCCACUCUCUCUUCAUAAUUGCAGCUGUUCAAUGGCUUUUAAUUAGUUUUAAAGCGUGUAGAGCACCACUUUCCCUGUAUCGCUGCAGGCCAGAAAGUCAGAUCCACGGCUUUUGACAAAACCAGCCAGGAAAGAGAAGCUAUGGGUGAAAAUUGGAUUGUUGUCAAAGUCAAGCAGAGCAGCCUUCUUUUUAUUUCUUGGUAACACUUUAUUUCAGGGAUCAUCAACUAGAUUCAACCGCGGGAUGAAUUACAAAUCAUUUUUAACUGCAAAUAGAAGCUCAAACAGAUAUAAUAUUUGACUAAAAUGUAAUAAUUUCAAUUUGCUUAUAUUUGUACACGAUUAAUUGUCUCUCUAUUAUGCGUGGGAAUACUUGGGAAUUAUAAAAAAAGUUAUUCUUAUUUUAUUUAUUUUUUGCUUAGAAAACUUGGGUGCGAAAAAAAACAUUUUUUAAUGCCGGCCACCAGUUGGGCAGCCCUGCUUUAUUUGAACUAGCCACCAUAAUGCCUUUAUAACAAUGUUGUAAACAUGUCAUAACGCUUCAUAGCUUGUGUCAUUGUCAUAACUGAAGCUUUAUGGCAUGUGUUGACAAGUUAUGACUCGUGGUAUGAAGCUUUAUAACAUGGUCAGGACAUUUUUAUGAAGGUUAUGAAGAGAUCCUGGUGUUUAGUUCAAAUGAAGUGUUACCAAUUUCUUUAUCUAUCUAUAUCAACAGGAAGUAGAACUGAUAUAUAGUGUUAAAAAUGCACUUCUAAAAAUAAAAAAAAUUAACUUCUGCUAAUUUUUCCAAUUUCAAAUGUUAACGGUUGCCAAAAUGUUGUUCUCUUGCUUAAACUUUUUGUAUGUUGACUGAGGUUGAGAUUGUAGACUGGCUGUAUUGUUGAGUUGAACAACUAUGUGCUCUCUGUUUCACAGCUCAGCUUGUCUGUCUGAAGCUUUAGGAAGGCAGUAAAUAAACCAAGACAGUGUUUUAUGA